ACAAAGAAUGGAUAACAAAAAGCCCUAUCUUGCUAUUAUUCUCAUUCAAUCUAUAUAUGCGGGCAUGUUCUUGGUGUCCAAAGCAGCUUUCGAUGGUGGCAUGAACAAUUUCGUCUUCGUUUUCUACAGGCAGGCUGCUGCUACCGUUGUCUUGAUCCCUCUUGCCUUGUUUCUUGAAUGGAAAACAGCGCCCCCACUAUCAUUCGUGACGUUCAGCAAGAUAUUUUUGCUGUCUUUAUUCGGGAUAACUUUAAGCUUGGAUAUCAAUGGUAUAGCCCUUGUUUAUACCUCUGCAACUUUAGCUGCUGCUACAACAAAUUGUCUGCCUGUCAUCACCUUUUUCUUGGCUGUGUUACUCGGGGUGGAAACGUUGAGACUAAAGACAAGUGCAGGGAUAGCAAAACUUAUGGGCAUAUUAAGUUGCUUGGCUGGUGCACUCACCCUUGCCUUUUUCAAGGGUCCCCAUUUCAAACUUUUUUGCCUCCAUCACCUCUUUCAGCACCACCAUGACCAAACAUUUGCUACUACCCCAACUUCCUCUGGUCUCACUUGGAUUAAAGGUUCUUUCCUCAUGUUGCUUUCCAACAUCCUUUGGGGCUUAUGGCUCGUCCUGCAGGGUCCGGUUUUGAAGACCUACCCUUCGAAGCUUCUCUUUACAGCUCUUCAGUGCUUCUUAAGCACAAUUCAGUCAUUUGCUAUCGCUAUUGCUUUGGUAAGAGAUCCUUAUGAAUGGCGACUCGGCUGGAACGUUCGACUCGUUUCUGUAGCUUACUGUGGAAUUGUGGUAACAGGCGUGACAUAUUACCUACAAGCAUGGGUUAUUGAAAAGAAGGGACCAGUGCUCUUGGCCAUGUCAACACCAUUGAAUCUCAUCUUCACAGUGUUGUGUUCUGCAUUUUUCUUAUGCCAGUUUAUCAGUUUAGGAAGUGUGGUAGGGGGGGCUUUGUUGAUUUGUGGGCUAUACAGUGUGCUGUGGGGCAAAACCAAAGAGCAGAAACUGCUGAAUCAAAAUUGUUCAUCAGCUGCUGUGGACAAAGAAUGCACUGAGCUACCGGUUGUGGCAUCCUAAGAACUCUAUCCUUAUUGCUGAUAUUAGGAGGGAAACCCUACUUUUUUUUUUUUUUUGAUGUGAUUGUCAAGGUUAAAUUUGAGCAAUUUUUAGCAUGAAUCUGUUGUACAUACAUUCGCCAGUGUUAAUUUAAGUUAAAGUUUGUAUUUGAUGUAUUGAUAAUGUUUGAGUUCAUACACUAUCAUAUUAUCAUAUAUUAAUAAUACUAUAAAUUGUUAUAUUUUUAA